AUAUGUUUUAAGCUACCCAUUUCUAGUGCCCACUAUAGUGAAUGACUUGCCCAAAGUAAUAGACUCAAUUAAUUGUUGAUGAAUUGUGUAUACUGUAUUAUUACUUUCGUUCCUUUUCAGUUGGAUGAUAUGGCAUAAAUUUUGAAUAUUACCUCCCUAAAAAAAGGAUUCUAUUGUAGCUGAAGAUGUAAAUACAAAUAUGAGUAAUUGAGUUCCAUAAAUAUAAACAGCUAAGAGAAGAUAAUAUGUAGUAUUUUUAAUGAUUCUAUUUGUAUGAAAAUAUGUAUCAUGCAGAUGAAAUUCACACUUCUGCAGACAUAUAGGUAGGCUCAAGUUCCAGUAGUUCACUUGUAAACCAAUUGCCUUUAGGGAAAAAGUAUUCUAAGUUUGUUACAGAGGUUUGCAUCUGGCCCUUUGAAACCAAUUUAACCCAUUCUGCAGUAGGAUUUAUAGAAUAUUGUAGUUUUUGCUUUUUUCAGUGGGAAAGUCUACCUGAAUCUCAGCAUUGGGACUAUCUUCUCCUUUUUCUCAGCAGCACCAUCCUCUGAAAAGAUACCUCUAGCUGGAACACUUUUCCUCAACCCUUGAAAGAGACUGUGGCAAGAGGGCUGAAUCCCUAGAGCCAUGACUGUUGGCAUGAGGGCCUUUUCUAAGUCCUUUGGGAGCAACCUGCGCCCUUCCUUCUUCCAUGAUUAUAGUAGCAGUUUAUUGUCCUGUGAUAGCUGCUGUUUUCAUUGUUCUGAAGAUGGUUAACUAUCGACUACACAGAGCUCUGGAUGCUGGAGAAGUUGUAGAUAGGAGUGCAAAUGAGUUCUCAGAUCAGCCAGCCAAAGCUGAACAAGGCAACUGUUCAACCAGGAGAAAAGAUAGCAAUGAACCAAGAUGGGGAAAUUAAGGCAUAAAGGUAGUCCCUGAAUAUUGUGUAUUGCUUACUGCAGUAGACCACUUUGCCUCUGUGAGAAUUGUAAACUACUAUACUUUCCAGUGAUCCUGGUGGAGGGAUUGAAAUGUCUGAGUUCAUUCGAGAGGCCACACCCCCAGUUGGUUGCAGUUCAAGAAAUUCCUAUGCUGGUCUAGAUCCAGGCAAUCAGAUUGGAUCUGGUUCCUCUCGUCUUGGAACAGCAGCAACUAUUAAAGGAGAUACAGACACUGCUAAGACUUCUGAUGAUAUCAGUUUAAGUUUGGGCCAGAGCUCUAGUCUUUGUAAGGAAGGAAGUGAAGAACAAGAUUUGGCAACCGAUCGGAAGCUCUUCCGUCUGGUCUCCAAUGACUCCUUCGUCUCCAUUCAGCCUUCCUUAUCUUCUUGUGGACAGGACUUACCAAGAGACCUCAGUGACAAAGUGAGUCUGCCAAGUCAUAGCCACCACCACGUCGAUCAGUCCCUGUCCAGUGCCUGUGACACAGAAGUGGCUUCUCUCGUACCUUUACAUUCACACUCUUACAGGAAAGAUCACCGGCCACGAGGUGUACCACGGACUUCUAGCUCUGCUGUGGCUUUUCCAGACCCUUCACUGAAUGACUUCCCUCUCUAUCAGCAAAGACGUGGGCUAGAUCCAGUUAGUGAGUUAGAAUCUUCCAAGCCUCAUUCUGGAUCCAAAGAAUCCUUGGUGGAAAAUUCUUGUUUAUCUGGAGAAUUUCAGCUUGUUGGUGACCUGAAGAACAACAAUUCUCAGCCACCCACAAAAAGUGGGAAAAGCAAAGCUUUGAAAGCAGACAAAAGUGUGGACAGUUUGAGGAGCCUGAGCACACGGAGUAGUGGGUCAACAGAAAGCUAUUGUAGUGGAACAGACCGUGACACUAACAGUACUGUCAGCAGCUAUAAGAGUGAACAGACCAGCUCAACUCACAUAGAGACCGUCUUGUCAGAGCAUGAGGAGUCUCCUAAAGUAAAAAAGAAAAGUUGUAGGAAAAAAGAGUGCUGUGUUGACCCAGAGGAAAAGAGUUGUUGUACCAGUGACAAAAGGACUAGUAAUGAAAAGACUGCCUUGGAACUGAGUUCAAACAGUGCAGUUCAAGAGGCCAAGGAUUCUAAUACCUCUGAUGAGAGGCACAACCCGAGAGGUCUCAGCACCUCUGCAUCCGAAGAAGCCAAUAAAAAUCCCCAUGCAAAUGAAUUUAUGUCCCAAGGGGACAGACCACUUGGGAAAACUGCUGAAAAAAAAGAAGAGCAGAGUGAUAAGUCACCUGUUUCAAUGGAUUCAAAAAUUUGUAAAGAUGUUGGUGGAAAGCAAAAGGAAGGGGAUGUACGACCUAAGUCUUCUAGUUUAAUCCACCGGACAGCCUCUGCCCACAAGUCAGGCAGGAGACGGACAGGAAAAAAACGGGCCAGCAGUUUUGAUGCAAGUCGACAUAGGGACUAUGUUUCUUUUCGAGGUGUUUCUGGUACUAAACCACAUAGUGCUAUAUUUUGUCCUGAUGAGGACUCAAGUGAUCAAAGUGACUUGAGUAGAACAUCAAGCAUUCAGUCUGCUCACCAAUUCAGCAGUGAUAGCUCUUCUAGCACCACUUCUCAUUCAUGUCAGUCUCCUGACGGCAGAUAUAGUGCUCUAAAGACCAAACACAUUCAUAAAGAAAGGGGCACAGACCCUGAACACACACACAAGGCUCAUCUGGGUCCUGAAGGAACUGGCAAAAAGCGGGCAACCCGACGGACUUCCAGCACGAAUAGUACCAAGACUCGUGCCCGAGUGUUGAGCCUGGACAGUGGCACGGUAGCAUGUUUGAAUGACUCAAAUAGGCUAAUGGCACCUGAAAGUAUAAAGCCAUUAACCACCUCAAAAUCAGAUCUUGAGGCCAAAGAGGGAGAGGUGCUAGAUGAGCUAUCUUUAUUGGGAAGGGCUUCCCAGUUAGAGACAGUCACUCGAUCUAGGAAUAGCUUGCCAAACCAGGUUGCAUUUCCUGAAGGGGAAGAACAGGAUGCAGUCAGUGGAGCAGCACAGGCCAGCGAGGAGGCGGUGUCAUUUCGCCGUGAACGCAGCACAUUUAGGCGCCAGGCAGUUCGGCGCCGGCACAAUGCAGGGAGUAACCCUACCCCUCCUACAUUGCUCAUCGGAUCACCCCUAAGCCUUCAAGAUGGUCAACAAGGCCAGCAGUCCACAGUCCAGGUCAAAGUCCAGUCCCGCCCCCCUUCCCAGGCUGCAGUGCUCAGUGCUAGUGCCUCCUUGCUGGUGAGAAAUGGGAGUGUCCACUUAGAAGCAUCACAUGACAAUGCAUCUGCUGUAGGCGGUAGCAGUUUGCACGAUGAACUUGGUAAGUUCUCUUCUACGCUCUAUGAGACUGGUGGCUGCGAUAUGUCACUUGUGAAUUUUGAACCAGCAGCAAGAAGAGCAUCCAUUGUCUGUGACACAGAUUCUCAUGUAUCCAGUUCUACCUCAGUUCGAUUCUAUCCACAUGAUGUGCUCUCUCUUCCACAGAUUCGAUUGAAUAGACUAUUGACCAUUGAUACAGAUUUGUUGGAGCAACAAGACAUUGAUCUAAGCCCUGACUUGGCAGCUCCUUAUGGUCCAACAGAAGAUGCUGCCCAAAAGAUUAAACACUAUUACCGCUUUUGGAUCCUGCCCCAACUAUGGAUUGGCAUCAAUUUUGAUAGACUCACACUUUUGGCCCUGUUUGAUCGAAAUCGUGAGAUCCUGGAAAAUGUGUUAGCUGUCAUCCUGGCUAUUCUUGUAGCUUUUUUGGGCUCUGUUCUUCUCAUACAAGGCUUUUUCAGAGACAUCUGGGUCUUCCAGUUCUGCCUGGUGAUUGCCAGCUGUCAGUACUCACUACUUAAGAGUGUUCAACCAGAUUCUUCUUCUCCCAGACAUGGUCAUAAUCGUAUCAUUGCUUACAGUAGACCAGUUUAUUUCUGCUUAUGUUGUGGCCUUAUUUGGCUCUUGGAUUAUGGUAGCAAAAACCUUACUACUACCAAGUUCAAAUUAUAUGGAAUAACUUUCACCAAUCCACUGGUGCUCAUAUCAGCCAGGGAUUUGGUUAUAGUGUUUACACUCUGUUUCCCAAUAGUAUUUUUCAUUGGUCUCCUGCCUCAGGUGAAUACGUUUGUAAUGUACCUUUGUGAACAACUGGAUAUUCAUGUCUUUGGUGGUAACGCCACCACAAGCCUGCUUGCAGCACUUUACAGUUUCAUAUGUAGCAUUAUGGCAGUAGCCUUACUAUAUGGAUUGUGUUAUGGAGCGCUAAAGGAUUCUUGGGAUGGCCAACAUAUUCCAGUACUUUUCUCUAUUUUUUGUGGUUUGUUAGUGGCAAUAUCCUAUCAUCUCAGCCGACAAAGUAGUGAUCCAUCUGUGCUUUUGUCUUUGGUACAAUCUAAGAUUUUUCCAAAAACAGAAGAGAAAAAUCCAGAAGACCCUCUGUCUGAAGUAAAAGAUCCAUUGCCUGAAAAACUUAGAAAUUCAGUUAGUGAGCGUUUACAGUCUGACCUAGUAGUGUGCAUUGUGAUUGGUGUGCUGUAUUUUGCCAUUCACGUAAGCACAGUAUUCACAGUAUUGCAGCCUGCUCUCAAGUAUGUGUUGUAUGCAUUGGUGGCCUUUGUGGGUUUUGUAACCCAUUACUUGCUGCCUCAGGUUAGAAAACAGCUACCAUGGCACUGUUUUUCUCAUCCUCUGCUGAAGACAAUGGAGUAUAAUCAAUAUGAGGUCCGAAAUGCAGCCACUGUGAUGUGGUUUGAGAAACUUCAUGUGUGGCUUCUUUUUGUGGAGAAGAAUAUCAUUUAUCCAUUGAUUGUUCUCAAUGAACUUAGUAGCAGCGCAGAGACAAUUGCUAGUCCCAAAAAACUGGAUACAGAAUUAGGUGCUUUAAUGAUCACCAUUGCUGGUCUGAAGUUGUUACGAUCCUCUUUUAGCAGCCCUACAUAUCAGUAUAUCACAGUCAUCUUUACUGUGCUCUUUUUCAAAUUUGACUACGAAGCUUUCUCAGAGACCAUGCUAUUGGAUCUCUUCUUCAUGUCCAUACUCUUCAGCAAGCUUUGGGAACUCCUUUAUAAAUUACAAUUUGUGUAUACUUACAUUGCCCCAUGGCAGAUUACUUGGGGUUCUGCUUUCCAUGCUUUUGCUCAGCCCUUUGCAGUGCCCCACUCGGCCAUGUUGUUUAUUCAGGCUGCUGUCUCGGCCUUCUUUUCUACCCCACUAAACCCUUUCCUGGGAAGUGCGAUAUUCAUCACUUCGUAUGUUCGACCUGUGAAAUUCUGGGAGAGAGACUAUAACACAAAACGAGUGGAUCAUUCAAAUACCAGAUUGGCUUCCCAGCUUGAUAGAAACCCAGGAUCAGAUGACAACAAUCUGAAUUCCAUCUUUUAUGAACAUUUAACUAGAUCCUUACAACACAGUCUAUGUGGUGAUUUGCUGCUAGGACGAUGGGGAAACUACAGUACGGGGGACUGUUUCAUUCUUGCCUCUGAUUACCUCAAUGCAUUAGUUCACCUUAUAGAGAUAGGCAAUGGUCUGGUCACUUUCCAGCUGCGGGGACUUGAAUUCAGAGGGACUUACUGUCAACAACGGGAAGUAGAAGCCAUUACUGAGGGUGUAGAGGAAGAUGAAGGAUUUUGCUGCUGUGAACCCGGCCAUAUUCCUCAUGUGCUUUCAUUUAAUGCUGCAUUUAGCCAGCGUUGGUUAGCCUGGGAAGUAAUAGUCACUAAGUAUAUUUUGGAGGGUUAUAGUAUCACUGACAAUAGUGCUGCUUCUAUGCUUCAAGUCUUCGAUCUUCGGAAAGUACUCACCACUUACUAUGUUAAGGGUAUCAUUUAUUAUGUUACAACCUCCUCUAAGUUAGAAGAAUGGCUAGCUAAUGAGACAAUGCAGGAAGGACUUCGUCUGUGUGCAGAUCGAAAUUAUGUUGAUGUGGACCCAACCUUUAAUCCAAACAUUGAUGAAGACUAUGACCAUCGACUUGCAGGCAUAUCCAGGGAGAGUUUCUGUGUGAUUUACCUCAACUGGAUAGAGUACUGCUCCUCCCGAAGAGCAAAGCCACUGGAUGUGGACAAAGAUUCAUCCCUGGUGACUCUUUGUUAUGGACUCUGUGUUCUGGGACGGAGAGCUCUGGGGACUGCAUCCCACCAUAUGUCCAGUAAUUUAGAGUCAUUCCUCUAUGGAUUGCAUGCCCUAUUUAAGGGAGAUUUCCGUAUUUCUUCAAUUCGAGAUGAAUGGAUCUUUGCUGACAUGGAAUUGCUAAGAAAAGUAGUAGUUCCUGGAAUCCGUAUGUCUAUUAAACUUCAUCAGGAUCACUUCACUUCUCCAGAUGAGUAUGAUGACCCUACUGUGCUCUAUGAAGCUAUUGUAUCUCAUGAACAAAAUCUCGUAAUAGCUCAUGAAGGAGAUCCCGCAUGGCGGAGUGCAGUACUUGCUAACUCUCCCUCCUUACUUGCUUUGCGGCAUGUCAUGGAUGAUGGCACCAAUGAAUAUAAAAUCAUCAUGCUCAACAGACGCUACCUUAGCUUCAGGGUCAUUAAAGUGAAUAAGGAAUGUGUCCGAGGUCUUUGGGCAGGACAACAGCAAGAGCUUGUUUUUCUACGUAACCGUAACCCAGAGAGAGGCAGCAUCCAAAAUGCAAAGCAAGCUUUGAGAAACAUGAUAAACUCAUCUUGUGAUCAACCUAUUGGCUACCCAAUCUUUGUCUCACCCCUGACAACUUCUUACUCUGACAGCCAUGAACAGCUUAAGGACAUUCUUGGGGGGCCUAUCAGCUUGGGAAAUAUCAGAAACUUCAUAGUGUCAACCUGGCACAGGUUAAGGAAAGGUUGUGGAGCUGGGUGUAACAGUGGUGGCAAUAUUGAAGAUUCUGAUACUGGAGGUGGGACUUCCUGUACUAGUAACAAUGUAACAACUGCCAAUGAUCCCCACAGCAAUGUGUCCCAAGGAAGCACUGGAAAUCCAGGUCAAGGAGCAGGACUCCAUCCGCCUGUCACAUCUUCUCCUCCAACACUAGGCACUAGCCACAGCUCUCACUCUGUACAGUCAAGCCUGGUCAGACAGUCCCCUGCUCGGGCCUCUGUAGCCAGCCAAUCCUCCUACUGCUAUAAUAGCCGGCAUUCUUCUCUCCGGAUGUCCACUACGGGAUUUGUGCCUUGUCGGCGCUCUUCCACCAGUCAGAUAUCGCUCAGAAACUUACCAUCUUCCAUUCAGUCCCGCCUCUCUAUGGUCAAUCAGAUGGAACCCUGCAGUCAGAGUGGCAUGGCCUGUGUACAGCAUGGCCUGCCUUCUUCCAGCAGCUCCAGCCAAAGUAUCCCAGCCUGCAAGCAUCAUGCUCUCGUGGGGUUUCUUGGGACAGAUGGAGGUCAGAGUAGUGCCAUUGAUGUGCAGCCAGGCAACAACUUAAGUCCUGCCAAUAAUUCACAUGCCAAAAAGGGAGAAGUGAUUUACAGAGUUCAAAUUGUGGAUCCCAGUCAAAUUUUGGAUGGUAUUAACCUCUCAAAAAGGAAAGAGCUGCAGUGGCCAGAUGAGGGAAUUCGGUUAAAAGCUGGGAGAAACAGUUGGAAGGACUGGAGUCCUCAGGAAGGCAUGGAAGGCCAUGUGAUUCACCGUUGGGUGCCUUGCAGCAGAGAUCCAGGUACUAGAUCCCACAUCGAUAAGGCAGUACUUCUGGUCCAGAUUGAUGACAAAUACGUGACUAUAAUUGAAACUGGGGUACUAGAACUUGGGGCUGAAGUGUGACCCCGUGUUGUAGAACUACAUUUCUUUUCCCUCUCAAUGCCAAGACAUUGGAAAAAGAGAGGAGAGAGCAGAAGAUGCCUGCAGAUAUUCACCUUAAUCCUAUAUGGGAGAAACUUGAAAAUAGAGUGGUCUUGGUUAAGCGCCCUUCGCCCAGACUCCUGCUACUGUCUCCAUCUCCAAAUAAAGCUGAAAUAUUUUUUUAAGUUAGCUGCCAAGGAAACAUUUUGCACGAAGGAUAAAGUUCUGUUAAAAUACAUCCUUGAAAAAAGUUUUUUCCUAUGCUUUAAAUCAACAGCUCUUCAUUUCUGAACUAUGAUCUCAUGUUUUUCUAAUUUCUUUGCCAAAAAUAGUUGCCAUGUUUUGUCAUAGAACUUGAAAUCCAUUUACCUUAAUUUUUAAAAGCAGACCAGUAUGCAAACCUUCAGUUUGACAUAUAGCAGUAUAAAAGUUUAAUGUACAGUGAAAGAGACUAUGAACAGACAUAGAUUUAUCUUAUUCCUUGAGCGCUAAAAACUUCAAUGAAAAAAAAACUGCACUAAUUUUUUACUAUAAUGCACUAAAGUCUGAGAUUGCUCAGAACAUUUAUUUAUAUAUAAAAAAUAAAAUACCAUUAUUUAAAUUGCCUUUGGGAUUAACCCCUUUCCUUAUAAAUCUAGGUAGCAGGACCUAUGCUGCUCUUUUUUCUGUUAGUAGUCUAUACUUCAUGCCGGUAAAUUGGAUGUUUUCUUAAAAAUGAAUACUAAAUCUCAAGAUAUAUAUAGCUUAGCCUCAUUGUUGACAUUUCCGAGAGCCAAUAGUCAGUGAAUUGUUCGUGUGAACACUACUGCCAGCUACUGUGUCCGCAUUUCAGGUGAGCUCCAGCACAGACAAGAGCUUUUACCCCAGGUGCUUUGCUCCUCUCCACUGGGGCAAGCUCUACUAGGAAAAAAUACUUUUGCUUUUCAAAGAAGGAGAAGAUAAAUGUCCCAGGAAUUUAAAGAAAGGAUUGCCACUUACUUUAAGAGACUUAGGUCUUGAAGUUAUCUACUUGCAGUUGAGUUAAUUAAGUAAAAUUUUUUCCAGACAUAGUUAUCCAAAUGGUGCGGUUAUUAUUAUAAUAUCCCUCUUCAAUAAUGUCACCUGUUAUUUUCCUCCUCUUGUCUUUUCUAUUACUUGAAUUUUAUUUCCUGUACAUUAUAAUGUGUAUCUGAAAUUUGAAAUAUUUAUAUUUUUUGUCUCAUAACUUAAAUGUUAUUGGUUUUUUUAAAUGUGUGGAUUCAGGAAAAUAUGUAACUCAGAUUUACAAUUGGAUUAGGUGGGAGCUGCAAUUUAGAUUUAAUUUGCAACUUUUUGCAUUUUAAAAAUUCCCUAAGAGAAUGUUCUUUUUUGAAACUCCAAAGAAGAUUGUACAUCUCUCUUAUCUGAGCAUUUAGAAGCAGCCAUCAUUCUACAACCCACCCACCCCUGAAUAGAAACUUAAAAAGAAGCAGGUGGGCUUAAUUUUAAUAAUAUGUAUCAUUUAACACAGUAUAUCCAAAAUAUUACUAUUUCAACUUUUGGCACCAGCCAUAUUUCAAGAACUCAGGAGCCACAUGUGGGUAGUGGCUAUUUAUUGGAUAGCACAGGUUUGAAGUAUAUUUUGAAAGGUACCAAGAGAGAAGCUGUUUUUCCUACUAAUGCUGACAUCAUCCUCACAGUCUAGCAUAACAUUACAGUAGAGGAAUGAAAACUAAGUAAAGAGCUAAUAUACAGUAUCUUAUUACAUUGCCAUUCUUAAACCUAUUUUUUUCUCUUUUUCUAAAAGGUUUUGGAGAUUUGAGGUGGUUCAAUAACCAGGGCGCCUCAUGGUGACUUUUCCAUAGACUUCACACUUUGCAAAAAUUUACUGCUUAAAAACUGCAUGUUUGACAAAUGACUUACUGAACCUUUGUACAAAGGUACCCUUUCUAAAUUGACCAUUUAGAAAUGUAUUUUCCUGACAGUCAUUAUAUUAAAUCUGUAUUUGCCUCAAAUUGGCAAAUCUAUAAUAUGUCCAUUAAAGAUGAAUUUUUUUUAUUUGAAACUGAAUAUAUGAUCUUUCUAUAUAUAUUUUUUGAAAUUUCUCAAAGGAAUUAUCCUCCCUGCUGCUUGUUCCCUUUCUGAAUAAUUGUGAUUCCUUUGUGGUCAUUGCCUAGAUGAGUAGUAAGUGGAACCUUUUCAGUCUUAGAUGGAAGAUAAUUCAUUUCCCCACAAAGAAUUAAAAAAUCUGAAUUUCAGUUUCAGUUUCAAUCACAAGGGCUAGAAUUAUUUUUAGUCCUAGCAAAAACAACCAAAAAAUUAAACACAUCGCAUACUUGGCAAAGUCAUAUCUCAGUGCAUGGCUGGCUAGAUUUUAUAUGUAACAUAUUUUUUUAUUUUGGGUAGCAAUUAGUGGGCAAUUUUUCAAAACAAGUAGGAUUUUGUUGUCAUAUAGUCCUUUAACAGUAUAAGUGAGUUUGUGAAUUAGGAACCCUAACAGAAGCACCGUUCCUAUUGUUAAGUCUAAAACUGAUGGUCUUUUUAAAAACCAUAGCACUUCUAAUUUCACCAGAGGAUAUCAUGUCUGAAGAAUAAUUUGAUCUUAAGUAUUCCACCUAGCAAUAUACACAUUUUCAUUAAUUAAAUUGAUCAUACAUUUCUUUUUUUUUCUUUUGAGAAUAGUGAUUCUCUGCUUAACCUUUUUUUCUGUUUUCAUUAGUGUACAAGACUGCAGCUUACAUUAAUAUCUUUUAUGUAUUUUGCAUUUCAGAGUUUUCAAUUUAGUUCAUAAUUGCCAAGACUUUUAGAGUCCCAUAAUUUGAAAUUAAAAGUGAGUAAUUGAAACACUAGCUUAUUUCCUUAAAAUAGAGUUGCAAUUUUGAUAUGUUUUUGUUUUGUUCUUGUUUCAUUAUGAGGUCUUCCCCCUUUUGAGGACAAUCCUGGAAUGAGUUAUAAAUUACUUUUUUUUCUUUUUUUCCUCUCAUUCAGUGACAUACACAAAAAAACAUUUUAUAACUCCAAAUUAAGCUUUUGGCUAAUCUCUCAGCUUAUGAUUUGGUGUAAGUACUCUUUUAUACCAUUUUCAAUAUUUUAUAUAAACUUUAAAUGUUGAAUUUUUGCUAAAUGUUGAUAUUUGCAGACUUGGGAACGUAGGUGGUGAGGCUGUAUAUUUUUUAAGGUAAGAGGAGGUUACUUUUCAGGAAGUUAGUGAACUAACUUAAUCAGUGAUCUGCCUUUUUUGGAUUUCCAUUAUUGGAAGAUAGAAUUCCAUUUGAUUUGCAGUAUUUUUAAAAGUGUUUCAAGCAUAGCUGAGAAUUCACUAAUCCUUGAAACAGAAGUAGUCAGACAAUAUUUUAUUGUUAGUGGAAAAUCAUUCUUUAUACCAAAUACCAGGCAAUGAAAAUGCAAGGUUUUAUGUAGGAAACCAUAGCUUACUGAAAAGGAUGUAUUUUUUCUCUUUAUUUGGUUUAUUUUUCCACCUCAUGUCAAAGUAUCUUUAAAAGCCUCACAUCUGAGUAAGAGUAACUUAACCUUAGCAAAUACCACUUUGCUUCUAAGCAGCAUCCCUCUGCCUCUGCUUAGAAAUUUUCACCUGGUAGAUCACUGCAUUGAGUCAUUCCACCAUAACUGGGACUUUCAAGCUUAUGGUUUUCCCAUAGUCAAAAACUGUCUUUUCUUCUUAGCUCAUUUUCAAGCAUAUUUCCUCCUAAAUAAAUCUGUGGCUUGAGGAAAAGAUAGCAUAGUAAUUUUAUGUGAGAAUUCUUCUAGUCUAUGUUUGCUAGCUACUAAACCACAGAUUGUUGAUUACUUUUGUAUUUAUUUUAAUUACUUUUUCUUGAGUAUGGACAAAGCCCUUACUGGUUUUUUAUUUUUUUUAAGUCUUCACUGUUCAUCCCCAUUCUUUAUUAUUUUGUAAUGUAAUCAGAAAAAAAUUACUUCAUCUGAACAGAGACCCAGUUAAUUUUUUACUUUGGUAAUGACACAUUGUUCAGAUAAGGUAUAAAAGAUACCAUUUUUUAUUCUAGAGUCUUUCCUUUAAUUCCAAGAUGACUGGAGAAAAUCAUUUCAAUCACGGCUAAGAUGGUUACAUGGAACUUGACUUAAUUUACUAGUAGGUCAUGAGACUUCAAACUUUCUGGUUUAGUCUUAUAUAGAAAUAGGGAUUUGAUCUGGAGAAAGAGGAAAACUAGAUACGAUCAUGUAUUUAGGCAGCAUAAAUUGUAUUAUUAUGUUUGAGAUGUAUAGCUUUUUUUUAUAAGUGUUGAAGAACCAGUCUCUCUUUUCUUUUUUUCUCUUUUAAAAAAAAGAAUUCUGGUUGAUAUGUACCCAGAACUUCUCAUUCUAAACUUGCUACAUAUUUAGGAAAGAACUGAUUGGACAGAAAUUGAUUGUAUAAGUACAUCUGGUAGGAUAUGAGUAGAGUAUUAAUUUUGCUUGAAACAAGUAUAUUUCAUGCUUUGAAUCACCUAACCAGAGUCAUCUGCCAAGAAUUUGUGUGAUAACCAUUUUUCUGUAUUAUCUAGUAAGUCACUGAAUUUGGGUAGCUUGGUGAGCUGAACUUAACAUUAUCUGCCAUUUUAUGGAAGCAGCAUAACAUUCUUUGGGGGAACCAGAGAUGAUCAUCACCACAGGGCUAUAUGACAGCUUUGUUCUAAGACUUUUAUACCUAUUAUAUAGGGUCAUACCUGUUUUUUUUAUGCCUCAGCUCUGUACCUGACAAUUAUGAUUCAGUGGAGCCAAGUGAGAAGGAACAAAAGUUACCAAACACGGUGGUGAGAAUGAAUUCCUUGGCAUUGUUUACACAGAUGAGGUUUGAUACCCUGGAAUUUAAAACAGAGUAAUAGAGAAUGAGUUGCUGCUCCAGUGGCUCUUGGGUUUAGUGUACUUGUGGUUGGUUGUACAAGAUUUUUUUUUUUUUUUUUUUCAAGAAACUUGAUUCUACAACCAAAAUAAUAGAAAUGGGGAAAAAUCAUGUCUGCUUAUGCGUUUUAAAAGCUUAUAGUUAAGUAAAAAUAAAUUGUAAAAACUGAUUACCUUAACGUUAUACAAGACUGGCAGUGAGCUCUGUAUGAGGAAAUGGAAGGAGAAAUAUUAAAAAUGACUAUAGGAAGGUAGGUGUGAGGAAGGAAAAGUUUACCUUUUCUGAUCAUGGGCUCUGAAAACUUCAUUGUCUCUACCAGCUUUCAGUUAUAAACCAGAGAUAAGGAUAUAUGUACUCGAGCGGGUCUGUGAGUGUGUGUGUGUCUGAGAGUAUUUUAUUCUAAACAGCUUGUAAAUAUUGUAGUUGUUUAAAAUGGAAAAUAAAAGUUGAGAUUUUUUUUUUUUUGCAAAUAUAUUGCAUCAAAAACACAGUAUUAACAGUGGUUAAAACAAAACACUGAGGAAAUAAAAAUUUUUUCAUUUUG